AUGCCUGUUAAACGACCAUCUAGUCGUUUUAUACCUACAAAUACACGAAAAACACUUACAGAACCAGCGAUAAUACCACCUGUGAUAAAACAUUGUACAUUUCCUGCUGUACCAAAACUGUCGAGUUUAUCGUUUCUUUCAAUCAGUCUGAUAAUCUGUUUGACGUCUACGCUAACUCAGUAUAUUAAUCUAUAUAAAACGGUAUGGUGGUUACCGAAUUCAUCAAUUCAAUAUGCUAUAGAAUUUGAUCUAAUCGAUUAUUAUGUGAUAGCGCAUAUCUUGUUUAUGCUGUGUACACCAUAUCUUUAUUUGAUAUUUAUUAAGAUUAUUCCAUCAUUUAUACUAAAUUCAUUUAUCAUACGUUCAAUACUGGGUUUAGUAAUUUUCACUUUUUGGAGUUAUAUUAUGCUAUGGAUUGUUAGUAGUAUAGAAUAUUCUGGAGUUAUGAUCUUAUACAAUAUAUCUGGAAUAAUUCUACUGACAUAUUUUCCUGUGAUAACAUUUAUCAUCUAUCAUUUUCGUUAUUUGGAGAAAAUGAUUUAUCCUUCCAAUCGAUAUCGACAUCCUCAACAACAUCAACAUUACCACCACCACCAACAUCACCACCAUCAUCACCACCAGCAACAACAACACUACAAUACUACAACUGGUGGUAGCGGUGGUGCCGGUAACAGUAGUAAUUACCAGAAAACUUCAUCUCAUUCCACUUUUGCUCGUUUAAUACAUUUUCUGAAGGUUUUAUUCUCAUUCACUAAACAAUUAAUUGGCAUAUUUACAAAUUGGCCGUGUAUAUCCUCGAAGAAUGCCCUAUUCCCUUUAUUGUAUACAUCUAUUUCAUCGCCAAUAGUAUCAUCGGCGUCACAUUCAAGAAAUAAUAAAUCAUCAUUAAUACAAACAGCUUAUUAUACUACUGCUAAUAAUACUACUACUAGUAAUAAUAAUAGUAAUAAUACUGCUACAAGUGAUAACAAUUCAGAUGAGUUUAUUUUACUGAAACAUCAUUGUCUCGGUGUAACACCUGAACAGAUACGUGAUGAAGUCGAAUUGAAUCGAUAUGAUUUCAAUGCAAGACUGUUGGAUAUUUUAAUUGGUACUGGACAUGUUGUCUAUUAUGCAUGCUUUCUACCAAUUGUAUUUGUACAGAAAGAAUAUUUAUAUGUCGAUUAUUGGUGGUGCCUUCAACAUUGUCUUCUGAUUGGUUUAUUAGUUUUCUUAUUACGUUGGCAUUAUUUUCUACCAUGUGAUUAUAUUGAUCUGUUACAUCGAAGUUCUAUGCAUCUUGGAAGUUGGGAGAAUCUACUUGUCCGCAGUGGAUUUUCACAAAUUUCAACAUGGUCAGCAUCUGUUGAAAAUGGUAACAUUUUGAAAGACUAUAAGAAUUUGACAUGCUCUGUGCAUGUGACAAGCAUCAUUUAA